CUCAGUUAGGUAAACUAAUAAUUUUUUAAUCUUAUCACCCCUGAUUUUGGAGAAUAUUAGAUAAUUGCACAAACAAAAUCAGAUCGAUUCUCUUUAAUGUUUACACAACGGUGCCUUAUUUUGAACGAAGAUGACCUCAAUAGGAUACAUUUUUGUAAUAGUUUCAGUAUUAACUGGAACUAUUUCUGCCAAAUUCAGCAAUAGUACAUUUCCAGAUGGUUUUUCAUUUGGAGCCGCAACUUCUGCAUUCCAAAUUGAAGGCGCUUGGAAUGAAGAUAGCAAAGGGGAGACAAUUUGGGACCACUGGGUUCAUAACAAUCCAUCCAUAAUCGUGGAUCACAGUAAUGCAGAUGUAGCUUCUGAUUCAUAUCACAAAUACAAGGAAGAUGUUGCUAUGAUAGCAGAAUUAGGUCUUAAUCAUUAUAAGUUUUCUAUAUCGUGGUCAAGGAUUUUACCAACUGGUUUUAAUAAUGAAUAUAGUCUGAAGGGUAUUUUAUAUUACCAAAAUUUAAUAAAUGAACUUCAAAAACACAACAUCACACCCAUAGUUACCAUGUAUCAUUGGGAUUUACCAGAAUCAAUACAAGAAUUAGGAGGAUGGCUCAAUAAUGAAAUUGUAGACUAUUUCAAGGAUUAUGCUGAGAUUCUUUUUGAAAAUUUCCCUACUGUUAAACAUUGGAUUACUAUAAAUGAACCAAAACAGGUUUGCGUAGGUGGUUACGGAAAAGCUAGCAAAGCUCCAUUCCUUAAACUGAGUGGCGAAGCUGACUAUUUAUGUGCUUAUCAUGUUGUUUUAGCACACGCUGCUGUCUACAAUUUGUAUAAAAAAUCGUUUUCGAAAUCCGAAGCCAUAAUUAGUAUGGCGUUGGAUGGUGCAUGGAAUAUACCAGCAAGUAAAUCCAAAGCUGAUGCAGAUGCUGCAGAAAGAAGACGUCUAUUUGAUUUUGGAAUAUACGCUCAUCCCCUUAUGUUCGGAGACUGGCCACAAGUGGUAGUAGACCGAGUCAAAGCGAAGAGUGCAAACUUUACAUCUUCCAGAUUGCCAAGUUUUACAAAGGAGCAAAAAACUUCUAUCAAAGGAACUUUAGAUUUCAUGGCUUUAAAUUAUUACGAUACCAAAGUAGUGGCGGACUACCAAACAGCUGAUACCUCGAUCUCUUACGAUAACGAUGUUGGCGUUAAUAUUUCUGUGAAAGCUGACUGGUCUAUAGCUGCAGACGGAAAUACGAUUUAUCCAGAUGGCCUAAAAUAUUACCUAAAUUGGAUGAAAAAGACAUACAAAAACCCAAUAAUCUGGAUUUCCGAAAAUGGUAUCGCUGAUGAUCACUUAACCACAGAUGAUUUCGACAGAAUAUACUACCUUGCAGGCUACUUGAGCGCUGUGUUAGAUUCAAUAAACAAGGACAAAGUCAAAGUCAUAGGAUACACAAUGUGGAGUCUUUUGGACAAUUUUGAAUGGACAGAAGGAUACAGUAUGCACUAUGGAUUGUAUUCCGUAAACUUAACUGAUACGAAGAAAACCAGAAUACCUAAAAAAUCCGUCGAAUACUAUAAGCAAAUAAUUAAGGGACGACAAAUUCCAACUCCACCUAAGACCACACCAGCUCCCCCUACAACAACCUCCACUACUAAGGAGCCCACAUCUUCGACAAGUGAGAACCCCACAACUUCGACAACUGAGAAGCCCACAUCUACAACUAAGGAACCGAAUAGAUCAACUAACCUGCAUUCAUCUGGUUUUUUCGUAGUUUUUGCAACGACUGUUAUUUAUUUAUUAUUUAAAUUUUAAAGUAAAAAUACUGUAAAUGGUAGAACAAAUAUCGAAUACUUGGUAAAAGAUCGAUAUUUUACAAAAAAAAAAAAAAUAUCAGUCAUAAAGAGAUGCGAAAAAGCAACAAUUGAAAAAUAGAAAAUUAAAUUAUAGCUUCGCCAAGAAUAGACUUAAUAUUAACUUUUAUUAGUUCCUACAUUGGUAUUUAUGAUUGUAUAUAUGUAGAAUCAUUUAAGUUACUUGCAGUUAACAAUUCCCAUUCAAUUACUUGAUUUACCAUAUUACGUGGAAUACGGGAGUGCUUGAAGACUGUACAAUGUACAUGUAAAGGUGUAUUCUUAAGAAAGUAUAGGUGUUAGAAUGUGAGGUAGAACUUGAUCUAAUUUAGUUCCAAUCAACUCCUGUCAUAACUUCUAAUAGAUACUUAUUUUUUAUGAAUUCAAACUGUGUAUUUUUUAAAUAGAGUUAGAUAUUAUUUUACCAUUUUUAUCAGAUCAAAAUUGAAUAAAAUUUUAAUAUUUUUUACUUUUGAAUAUUUUUUUAGUUAUAUUUAUUUUGAACCUACAUCUUACGACUUUUACUUGGAUUGAUUUAUGUUCUGCCAAUUAAUAGUUGUAAAUUGCAUAUAUUAUA